CUCGUCCCUAAUAAACAAAUCCUCCUCCUGUUUUAUUCUCGCGACGACCUUGACGCUCUUUUCUGCCGUCCUAUCUAGCGAGCUUUGUUCUUUGGCGAUUGAUUACGAACCCCCUAGAUACGAUACAUCCAUCUGCGCUAGCGUUUGCGACGACCGUCAGCUUAAGCCAGCGAACAAACGACGACGGCCACCCACAGCCUGAUAUCUGCACCAAAGUCCCGGCGCUUCGAGCAUCAGCUCGAUCAUAAAAACCUCGCCUUUCGAUAAUCACAACCGUCUCCUCCAUCCUCAUCGAACCUCACAGCAGCCAUGGCCAUCAACUUCGACCCCGAUAUCGUACCCAAUCUGAAGCUUGGUCUUCACUCCUUCCAGGUCAUCUUCUCCUUUGUCGCAUGGUGUUUGCAGAUUGGUGUGUUCAACGCCAAAGACGCCAAGGUGACUGGAAAGAAUGGAUGGACCUUUGCGGUGUGCUUUCUCUCGGUGCCAGCCUGGAUUUUCCUCAUCAUGACCCCCCGAUGGGAACGCACUCGCCGGUUCGCCCAGCCGCAUGCCAUGCUGGCUGUCGACGCUCUCUUCACCGUCAUGUGGCUGUCAGCAUUUGCUACUCAGGCUUCCUACAACGCUGAGGGUUCUUGUGGCAAGGCUUGCGGCAUAAGCAAGGGUGUUGUUGGUCUUGGCGUCUUGACCACUCUUCUCUUUGCCGCCACAACCUUUGUCUCGGCCUUUACCCUCAACUAUUACCAGAACAACAACGUUCUGCCUGGCUACGACAACCGCCAGAUCCGGGGCGGAGACAACAUCGACCCCGACAAGGCCGCCUUCUCCAUGGCACCCCACGAUGACGAGGCCUACGAGCGGGUCAACAUGGAGGACAACGAGCCCACAGGCAACCCCUACGGCGGAUACAACGGGAGCUACAACAGCACCACCCGCUAUGGUGACAACAACACCAACCCUUACAAUGCUGAGGAUGAGGAUCCUGCCCGCUACGGCUCCACGCCAGGCCGGACCAACACCCUCUUUGACAACGACACCGAGUACCACUCAAGCGGCGCUCAAUAUGGCAGCAACCCUACAAGCGGCGGUUACGACGAUCACCCUGCCCACUUCCCAGCCGGCAACUAUGACCGAACACACUAAGGUUCCACUGAGGACCUUGUAAAUGAGACAAGAAAGGAAUAUAGAUUGGCUCUUUUAUCUGCACAUGGUGUUUUGUUUUGCUUGGGGCCGAGAGGAACGAACAUUGACUCUUUUUUGGAAAUGUCUUGCGUACGCGCAAGCCGGGCGGCUGGGGGGAAACUGGGAAAUAUUUUUGUGUUGUACGGUAGAUGAAACGUCUCUUGGCUUUUUGUUGACACGAGGUGUUUACGGCGUCAUGAAUUGCUCAGGAGAGACACACAUAACAUGUGCACACUCUACGGAGAUUUAGGGGGUGUCAAAUCUUGGGAUGCAUUUGCGAGAGAUGGAAUAUUUUGCGUCGCACCAUUCAGGUGCUUUUUUUUGCAGAUACUCUGUUAUUGAACAGUUUGGACAAGAAAAGUUCAGUUGU